AUGGUGCAGUUACUGCUAGUGCUGCUGAGCUUGUUUGGCUUGGGAAGUGCGGCACAGUGGCCAACUCCACGUCGAGAUGCCGAAUAUCCACCACCGAAAACGCUUGCCUUUUUGAAACCGCUAGGCGAAAUUUGCGCCAAAGAAACAGGUGUUUCGGCUGGUACGAUCAAGCGAUUCAGUGAUGUGGAUAUCAUCGAGGAUGAUCGAGCGCUCAAGUGCUACAUGGACUGUAUGUUCCGGAUAACGAACGUGACCGAUGAUCGGGGCGAGCUGCACAUGGGAAAGCUGCUGGAUUACGUGCCGCCCGAGUUUGAGGACGUUGCACUGCGGAUGGGUGUGAAGUGUACCAAGCCCAAGGGAAAGGAUGUGUGUGAGCGAGCGUUCUGGUUUCACAAGUGUUGGAAAAAAUCCGAUCCAGUGUACUACUAUCUGGUUUAA